CCGAUCCCUGUGUCUGUCUCUCUGUCCGUCCGUCUGGGCUGAAGAUGCUGCGCUUGGUCAGCCGCGCUGCGCGGUGCUGGGGAGCGAGGCGGGGGCUGGCACGGGUACACCCUGCAGCCAUGCAGCAGGCAUGCCUUUCCAGCACUGCAGUGGCAGCCGGCACAGGCACGUGGCCCAAGGACGUGGGCAUCCUGGCACUGGAGGUGUACUUCCCUGCACAAUAUGUGGAGCAGUCUGAACUGGAGCGUUACGACGGUGUGGAGGCCGGCAAGUACACGCGUGGCCUGGGCCAGCAGCAGAUGGGCUUCUGUGCUGCCCACGAGGACAUCAACUCGCUGUGCCUGACGGUGGUGCAGAGGCUGGUGGAGCGUGGGCAGCUCUCCUGGGACGCCAUCGGCCGCCUGGAGGUGGGCACUGAGACCGUCAUCGACAAGUCUAAGGCCGUCAAGACCGUCCUCAUGGAGCUCUUCCGCGAGUCAGGCAACACUGAUGUGGAGGGCAUUGACACCACCAACGCCUGCUAUGGCGGCACAGCCUCGCUCUUCAACGCAGCCUCCUGGGUCGAGUCCAGUGCCUGGGACGGACGCUACGCCGUGGUAGUGUGUGGGGACAUUGCUGUCUACGCAACGGGGAACGCACGGCCCACAGGAGGUGCCGGUGCCAUUGCUAUGCUGGUGGGACCCAACGCCCCUCUGGUGCUGGAGAGAGGUUUGCGGGGAACGCACAUGGAGCACGCCUAUGACUUCUACAAGCCUGACCUGUCUUCAGAAUACCCAGUGGUGGACGGUCCCCUCUCCAUCCAGUGCUACCUGCGGGCCCUGGACCGCUGCUACGCCGUGUACCGCAGGAAGGCAGAGAGCCAAUGGCAGCAGGCUGGCAUCCAGCGGCCUUUCACCCUUGAUGACUUCAAGUUCAUCAUCUUCCACACACCCUUCUGCAAGCUGGUGCAGAAGUCAGUGGGGCGGCUGCUGCUGAACGACUUCCUGGCCGCCCCCAGCCCUGACACGGCUUCUGGACUCUACAAGGGGCUGCAGCCCUUCCGCGGCAUGAAGCUGGAGGACACCUACACCAGCAAAGAGGUGGAGAAGGCCUUCCAGACGGCCAGCCAGGAGAUCUUCAACCAGAAGACCAAGCCCUCCCUGCUGCUCUCCUCCCGUAAUGGCAACAUGUACACACCGUCCAUGUAUGGCUGCCUGGCCUCGCUCCUGUCUCAGUGCUCAGCUCAGGACCUGGCCGGCUCCAGGAUCGGUGCCUUUUCCUACGGCUCAGGGCUGGCCGCCAGCAUGUUCUCCCUCCGUGUCUCGCAGGAUGCAGCCCCGGGCUCCCCCCUGGACAAGCUGCUCUCCAGCCUGGCUGAUCUGCCCACCCGCCUGGACGCCCGCAAGCGCGUGGCCCCACAGGACUUUGCCGAUAUCAUGAAGCGGCGGGAGGAGACCCAUCACCUGGCCAACCACACUCCGCACGGCUCCCAGGCAGACCUGUUCCCCGGCACCUGGUACUUGGAGCGGGUAGACGACAAGUACCGCCGGCAGUACGCCAGGAAGCCCGUGUAGGGCACAGAGAGGGGCAGCCACCGGGGGGACGUGCAGGCGCAGGAGUGAAUGCAGCCAUCCGGGUCCCGGAGCAAGCAGUGUUUUCUGCGAAAACGCGGGCAGCGUGGGGAAUAAAGCACGGAUGCAAGGGCAAUACCUCUGCUCUGGCUCCCUAUUGCAAAGCA